AUGGGCAGCGCCACCGGCCGCCGCCAGCCAAUAGAAGCGAGGGAGUAGCCGCCGCCAGCCAAUAGGCGCGCGGGGGCGGGAGCGGCGAGUAACGCUCUGGAGCGGCGGCCGGUGAUGGCUCCCGAGCGCGGCGACCGGUCGCUGCCCGCCGGUACCGACGGUCUCCCUCGGGCGUUCCUGCAGAGCCUGCGGACGCUUUUCGAUAUCCUGGAUGACCGGCGGCGUGGUUACGUGCACCUGCGGGAGAUCGAGUCCCGCUGGCGCGGGGCGGAAGCCCGGGAGCUGCCCGCCGGGGUGAUGGAGGGUUUGCGGCGGGCGGCCCCGGCCAGCGGGUACCUCACCUUCGAGCGGUUCGUGCUGGGGCUGCGCGCUGCCCUGCCUGCCUCUGAGCCCCCGCCCGAGAGCGGCGGCGGCGGGCGGCGGAGCGCGGAGAAGCCGCCGAGCCCGCGCUGUGCUGAGGAGCGACGGGGGAAGAGCACCGGGCAGCGGGAACCGGGACACGGGCAGCCCCGGGGCCGAGGUAGUGAUGCUAAGGCUGCUGGGCAGUCCCAGACAGAUGGCUGCCAUCCAGGGACUGAGGACACUCGGAGGCAUCAGAGGGGACGUGCAGAACACCGUAGACACACCAUCACCAAUGGCAUGGACUUCAGCAUGCUGAAGCACAUGAAAGAGCUGGAACAGGAGAAGGAUUUCCUGCUGCAGGGUCUGGAGCUCAUAGAGCAUGCCCGGGAGUGGUACCAACAGCACAUCCAGUUCAUGCAGGAGCGCCAGAGGCUCCUGGGGAGAAACAAAACCAGUGCUGAAUUCCUCUCUGAGGGUGGCCAGAGCCACCUGGAGCGCCUGGUCCCCAAGCUGCAGGAGGUGAACCGCUGCCUGGGUGACCUCCUUUCCACCGCCAGCAAGCCGGUGACCCCCUCCUCAGCUGUGAGCAGGCUGGUCCCCAUGGUGUCCCCAGCCUCAGCAGGCUCCCAGCAAGCCAUCAACAUGCUGAAGGAGCAAAACCGGCUUCUCACCAAGGAGGUGACCGACAAGAGCGAACGCAUCACCCAGUUGGAGCAAGAGAAAUCUGCCCUGAUCAAGCAGCUCUUUGAGGCUCGUGCCCGCAAUAACCAUGAAACAAGCCAGCUGGACUCCACCUUCAUCUAGUGUCCAUCACCCCGCUCCCCAUCCUCCACCUUCCCUGGGGGUUUUGUGGGACUCUUGCCCAAAACCCACCGCACUCAUUGCUCCAGGUGCCAUAUCUCAAGGUCUGGAGCUGCUGGUUGCAUCUCAGCAGGAGGAAGCUGGGAAGGCAGUUCCCCACCCAGGGAGCACCCUCACUGCUCUGCUGCUGCACUCUCCAGCCCUGCUGCUGUCAAGCUGCUCCUUUUCUGUCUCUGGAUGGACUGCAGGGACUGUGUCCCCAGUCCUGUGUCCCCAGCAUUCUGGGGGAAGCGGCUGCUGCCCGUGCUGCCCGCACAGGGGGAGCUGAGGUUUGGCUUCUCUCAGAAAAAGAUGAUGGCUCUUCAGUACUCCAGCUAGCAUCUCUAGGCUGUUGAAGGGUGGCCUGUCUCCUGCUUUCCUGUUUGUCAGAGGACGAGAUUGAAGAUCCAAUGGGACAUGCCUGGCUCCUCUCUGCUGCCUGACUUGUGCCUGCUACAACACUACACAGGGCCAGAGCUGUGCCCAAGCUGGUGCUCCUGGUGUAACUCUAUCCAGUUUGCAGUAGUGAUGCCAUAGUGGCUGUUUACACAUCUGUAGGCUCCUAGAGUUAAUGAGCCAGAGACCCAAACGAGGUAGCCUGAACCUCUGAGCUGCUGUUCCAGGCUCCCUGCAGAUCAAGGCAGACACCUCGACAUCACUGUGUUUGGCUUGACCUAUCAAAGAUCUCCUUCUGACUGCCAGGCUUAGAAUUCUUUUAUGUAUUUAGCUGAACCUGGGUGAUGGAGUGGAGGCUGAUAGUCCCUUCCUUUGCACAUCUCCAAGUGGAGAAACAGCAGCUUUGCCUCUCCAGGUGGUGUGUGCUGGCUCCCCUUCCAGGUCUCUGUGAAGGGUGGUGGUCUGAGCAUGGGUCCUGUUAGUCCGAUGCAUCUCAGGAUGCCUCCUCCUUCCCACCCAACUCAAUGAUGAUGCUUGAGCUGAACAAUGUCUUCCAUGUAGCUUGGUACUUGGUAUUUAUGGUACUUUCAUAGGAGAUCCUUGUGAAUCCCCAUGUAGCACAGGCCUGUCCUUCUGUAGUUCCAAGACCAGGACCUUUCUCUCUGGGAUUGUUUUAUGAUCUGAGUCUUGGCACGCUGUUACAUGAUGCACUGAGUUGGGUAGAAGCUGCUGGACCUGCCCUGGGCUUGGCACCAUGCAGAUCAAUUCCCUUCUCGCUCCUGUUUUUAUCUGUCCAGUGCUGUCUGUCCCAUCCAGCUCCUCAAUUUGAGGUUGAUAAUGACCUGAAACUCACUGCAAGGCAUGAAUCUCUGCUCUUCACUCAUGCCUGCUGCCCCGUGCCAGAGUGGGAACCAGCAAAGUGCAAGGCAGAGGCUAAGAGCAAGGCCAUGACUGGUCAUGUCCCCUCUCUGCAGGAGUAGGGUGUUAGUUGUCCCCUGGGCAUCAGUGUUUGCCAUCACAUGAUGCCACCUCUGGUGCCUGUGUUGCCUGAGAUUUAGUUAAAAGUGGCUCUCUUUAUGAGGGGGGUCACCUGUCUGUAGGGAUAAUAAAGUGAGGUGAGCUAUUUAAUUUA